AUGGCGGUCAAACGACGGAGCUGACCGCCCCUCCUGCAGCUGCCCGGGAGCUGCGGGGCCGUGCUCAGCCAAGAAGCCGAGCAUCCGUCCGCCCCCCGCUCCGCGUUGCCAGGCCAACGGCGCGGCGGAUGCCGGCGGUCCCUGCGGCUGGGCCGGCCCCGCAGCGCUCCCUUCGCUUCCCCAUGGGGCGGACCUGCCCCCGCCGCGUGCCCCCCAGGAGCCCCCGCAGGACCCGUCCCCAUGGCACGCGCGGACGGCGCACGGGGCGGCUGCCAGCUCGCGGCGCAGGAGCCGGAGUGCCAGAUCUGCUACAGCCGCUACGACGCCCGCACCCGCCGACCCACGGUGCUCCUCUGCGGCCACCGCCUCUGCGCCCGAUGCCUGCGCCGGAUGCUGGCCCUGGGGGACGCGUCCCCCCGACGGCUCCGCUGCCCCUUCUGCCGCCGGCAGAGCCCCGUGCCCUGCGGGGACGCGCAGCGGCCGCGAGACGACGGCGAGGGGCCGGCGCCGCCGACGCACGGUGAGCGGGGCCCUCCCUCGCCCCCCGAGGUCCUGCUGUCCCCCGGCGUGCUGCAGCCCUCGCCCGGCCCCGACUGCCUGGUGGUCACCAUCCUGGAGGUGCCGGCGGGCGCGGUGCCCCCGGAGGGGCUGGGCGCUCUGGAGGUGCUCCGGCUGCAGCGCCGCGGCCCCGCGCCGAAGAGCCGUGCCCGGAGGUGCCGAGCGGCCCCGCGCUGCCUGCUGGGCACGCUGUGCCUGCUGUACUGCAGCUCGCUGCCCCUCGGCAUCUACCUGCUGCUCAGCCAGCACCACGGCCUGGGCCUCGCGCUCGUCAGCCUCCUGCCCGCCGCUCUCCUGCUCUGCGUCUCCUGCAGCCUCUGCCAGUGCCUGUGCCGGGAGCUCUGCGCCUUCCCCUCGCCCUGACCCGCGCGGCCGAGCCCCGUGCCCGUGCUGGGGACGCGUCGCAGCGCCUCGUCCCGGCGCUGAGCUCCAGCCGCGCGCAGCACCGCCAUCCUCUCCUUGCACAGCGGCGCUGCGGGGACUCCUCGCAGCCUGCGAGCGUUCGGCCAGCUCUCAGCUCCUCCUGCUCGACAAGGGCGGCACGAGGCUCAGCGCUCACCUGGAGGAACCCCAGCAGCGGCCGCAGCCCGGCACGUGCAGGAGAAGCGCGGGCAGA